AUGCCACAAUCUCAAACUCAGUUGCAAAUUUUGCAUUAUAAUCAUUUUAUUUCACAAUUCAUUUUUCUCUUUCUAUUCCUCAUCCUCCUACUCCUACAUUGCUUUUAUGUUUCUCAUCUUCUUUGUCCUUCUCAUCCUGGUAUUUAUCCUUCACAACUUCCCAUUUCUUCCCGUCUUUCAUGUAAUCUUUCUCCUUGUUCUUCUUCUCCAUCGUUUCCCUUUGUUCUUUUCUUUCCUAGUGUCACUUCAUCUUUCUCUUUUUCGUUAUCCGUUUCCACUUCGUUCGGCCUUUCUCUUUUCUCUUCUAUGCUAUCUUCUCAUUCCUUCUUUUCCUUCUUCUUAAUCCGUUCUUUUUCAUUUAUUGUCUUUAUUCAUUUCAUUAUUUUGACACUUCCUUCCACAUUCUCCCAACAGCACUUCACAUCAAACUACACGGCAAAAAAAUUCACAUAUUCUUCCUUGUUUCUCCCAGCUUCAUUAAUCACUAUUUUUUAUACGCAUCUUCAUUACUCUGCAAGUUUCUCCAGUAUAUUUUCUCAACCUCCCACCCAGUUACCCGUCCCCAAACGCUGA